GUGUGAUCACUGAGCAUAGUUUGGCAGAAAAUGGUUUUCCAGAAUUGACUAAGCACUAUUUUCACAAAUGCCAUUUGAUAUGACAGCAAUUGAAUACGGCUAUUGCUUCUGGCUGUGUAAAGAAUCAGCCAUCAGCUUUUUGUUUAUGUGGUAUAGCAUUCAGAAGUGUUGAUACAGUAGAAUGAGGAAGAAUGCUAAAUGACAGAUUGUGUGUAUGAGGUGGUGCCAUAGACAAGUGUGUUACUGGAGAUGUGUGUUUCACAAUUUGCUUGAUGCUUGUUCAUGAGCAUUCUGAAUCAAAGCAUUAGGUAAUAGUUUUUCUGAUUUUAUAGCUACCUAGCUUAGUGGUUAUGGGGGGCAUCAUAGAGUUGCAGAAUGCAGUACUACUAGCUUGUCACAUACAAGGAGCUAUAUAAGUUCUACCAGGUUGCAUGCUGGUAGUGCUCCCUAGGCAAAAUUCAGUUAAAAGUCCAAAUAGAUGGUGAGCUGGCAUUCCAGUGUGGUGCACAUGGAAUUCUGGGCACUAGCAGGUACGCAAGCAGGGUAGGUACCUCCUACCCUAUUCCAACCCAAACACCAACCUCAAUAAAGGUUUUACUCUAAUGCAAGGACUCUGGGGAGCUGGGAACUUGCUGACAGAAUGCCUGGUGAUGGUCAAAAAUACUACUGCAAAAGAGAGUUUUUGAAGUAGAAAGGCAGAAACUUGUAAAGAACUAACUGAUCCCAUAAAUGAAUUCAUCUGUCCCACCCUAGGUGAUCACAGGAUAUUCCUUCAGGCAUUAAAGAAACUCAGAUUAUAGCAUGAAAAACAAGUAUAUAGGAGGUUUUUCAAUAGCUGUUUUCUGUUCACCUGCAUUUAUUUGAAGGAGCUGCAGUGCCAGAAGUUCGUGUUAUGGACAGUGCCCAAAGGAUUUUAUUGUUAACAACACUGAAGGGGGAACAUAGGUAAAAAAAACAAAAGGUCUCUAAUUAUAUGAUAAAAAAGAUAGGGAGUGCCGAGAGAAAGAAGGAGCAUACGUUAUGAAAUGUUGUUUCAGUUGUCUCAUCAAGUAGGCAGGAAGUAGAAGUAGCAGUAGUCAUUGCUGUGUUCACUCAGUCUUCAUUGUUGCAUUGUUGUAAUUUUUAGAGAAUAACUUACCUAAUUAGGGUAUAACUUGGCACUAGUGCUGGAAGAGCGUGUUUCUCUCUGUAGGCCCCCUACAGAAAGGAUGCCUGAACAGUUACUCACUGUAAUUGUUAGCAAAGUUUUUCAUUGUGACUUCUUCAGUUCCGACGCCUAGGUGGAAGAAGCUUUUGAUUUAAAGAGAAGUCCUGACUACUGACUAUCUUUUAAUGAAGCCUGGAAAAUUAAUUACUAUGUCUUACAAAAUGGCGGGGGGCAGUGUCAGCCAUGCUUAUGGAGACUCCUUAGUUAUUCUUGUGAUAAUUAAAAUAUAUAAUUAAUAUAAUGUUCUCAAUGGGGAAAAAAGGUUUUAUACUUUGCUUUUAAAUCUAGUGUAUAUGUACUCUACCACUUCCAUUGACCAGAGGUUUUGCAAAACUUAAUGAAAGAUAAACCUGCAGCUAGUCUGAGGUACUGCUGUUCUGUACAUUCUAUGAUGUAUCACCGUGGUCACACAAAUAGUGUGUGGUCCUGUUCAGUGCACUGCAAGUGAUGUAAGGUGUGACCCUGCUGUGCUGGCUCAAACACUGCAAUGGCAGCACAGCUGAGCAUUGUGACUCCUUGUACUGUUAGUUCUGCUAGAGGACUUUGGGCUGUGCUGAAUUCUGUUUUUGUCAAUAGUGAUGAAGUUUGUUUGCUGUUGUUAUUCAGAGUGACUGUGACUGCUGAGUUUGGAUGAUGAUUUGUCAUAUUCACAGCUAUUUCCUGAGCAUAAUAAAGUUAAAGCUGCCCCCUAAAACAUACAUAAGUAAAGUUGCUUCUUAGGGAGUAGUAGUAUGUUUCAAAUGAAAUCUGUUUCAGUGUUUUAAUUCAACCUCUUAUCCCCUCUUGCCUUAGGGAUUUGAUAGCAGAAAAAAUCCUCAACUUAGGACAUGGAUCUACAGGAUGUUAUCUGGGAGAGUGGAUUAACGAAGGGAAUGUUUUUUAAAGAAAGAUAGGGAGAAAAGUGUAAAAGACUAGCUUUAUUUUGUGUAGAGCUCAAUAACAACUUAUUCCUUAAGCUGUGAAGAGAAUUGAUUCUGGAACCUUGUGGCUCCCAGUGUUCCAGAAACUUAAAUCAGUCCUGAGAGAUUUGGUGAUAAACAAAUCAGAUUCUUCUUCUCAAUGCCCUUUCACCUCUGUUGGUUUUGAAAUAUUAAUUACAGGUAUGCAAAAUCCAUGGCUGUGGUGAAAUGUCAUCUUUCAUCCCUAUUGCUAUUCCAAGGAGAUUAGACAAAAAUCUAAGCAAAUCCCAGAUACAUUGAGGGAAUCUGGUCAAAUCUAGCGCAGUGAGAAAGAACAGCUUCUCCGCAUUGCUGAGAUACUGGAUACUGGUUUCUUUAUAACAAGGAAAGUCUAAAUUCCUGUAACGCUGAGGAUGGGGAAGGAUUAUUAUUCUAUUCUGGGAAUUGAAAAGGGGGCUUCUGAAGAGGAUAUCAAAAAGGCUUACAGAAAACAAGCGCUUAAAUGGCAUCCAGAUAAGAACAAGUCUGCUCAUGCAGAGGAAAAAUUCAAGGAGAUUGCAGAAGCUUAUGAAGUGCUGAGUGAUCCCAAAAAGAGAGACAUUUAUGAUCAGUUUGGGGAAGAAGGUCUGAAAGGAGGAGCUGGAGGACCUGAUGGACAGGGUGGUACCUUCCGGUAUUCCUUCCAUGGUGACCCACAUGCUACGUUUGCAGCUUUCUUUGGUGGCACAAAUCCUUUUGAGAUCUUCUUUGGAAGGAGAAUGCCUGGUGGUAGAGACACUGAAGACAUGGAGGUGGAUGGUGAUCCUUUUGGAUCAUUCACUAGUUUCAGUAUGAAUGGUUUUCCAAGAGAAAGGAAUACAGUAGGUAGCCAGUUACGUCGUAAACAAGAUCCCCCUGUAAUUCAUGAGCUUAAGGUGUCAUUGGAAGAGAUAUAUCAUGGCUGCACAAAAAGGAUGAGGAUUUCACGUAAAAGGCUGAACCCAGAUGGUAGAAGUGUCCGAACAGAAGACAAAAUUCUCACUAUUGAAAUAAAAAGAGGAUGGAAAGAAGGCACCAAAAUCACUUUUCCAAAAGAAGGUGAUGAAACACCCAACACAAUUCCAGCUGACAUUGUUUUUAUCAUAAAAGAUAAACCUCACUCUCAUUUCAAGAGAGAUGGAUCAAAUAUUGUUUAUCCUGUUAAGAUCAGCUUAAGGGAGGCAUUGUGUGGCAGCUCUAUCAAUGUGCCAACAAUAGAAGGAAGAACCAUACCCAUGACAGUAAAUGAAGUUGUAAAGCCUGGGAUGAGAAGAAGAAUUAUAGGAUAUGGUUUGCCAUUUCCCAAAAAUCCUGACCAACGUGGAGACUUAAUUAUAGAGUUUGAAGUAAUUUUCCCAGAUAACAUUUCUCCAGCAUCAAAAGAAGUACUUAGGCGAAAUCUUCCAGUUUCGUAAAAUGAGGACUAUGUCAACUGUUUAAGCAGGACACUGGAAAUGCAGAAGACUGGCAAGUCUGUGCUUUAAAAGUGCAAUGUGUAACAACUAGUGGAAUAUCUGUUUGUUUUUUUUUUUGUUUGUUUGUGGGUUGGGUGGGGGGAAAUAUUGUAAUGCUGCAUGAGAAGAAAAGAGUUAAGUACAAGUCAUAUGGAUGACUUCUGCAGUAUAAUUUACAGGGAAAACCACUCAUAUUUUAUAUUAGAUCUUCCUAAUCAGAAAAGCUUAUUCAGUAUUUUGCUUAAUAUAAAGCGUAGUCAGUUUUUACAAAGCCAAUGCAUAUUUCUGAUAAAGUACUCAAGCCACCAAGUACUUUUAUUCCUUAUAUCCCUACUCUAUCUAACAUAAACAGUUUAUACAGAAAUUGGAUGUGGUAGAAAUAUACACAUGCGAACACUUUAAAUUACAAAACAGUAAGGAUGCUACUUGGUAUGUUGCUUUCCACUGCACAAAGCAUAGUCUGGGAAAAUCAGCUUGGGCUCCUAAAUUGCCCCCCAUUGAAAUCAAAGUAUUUUCUUUAUUUCAUCAGAAUGUGAGGGGUCUGCAUUAGAAGUCUAGGAAAGAGCAUGUAUCUUGAGGAGAAAGUAGCUGUUUGUUGAGUGGUUCCUCAUGCUUCAGGCAUGGAUUGUACAAAUGCAUAUACAGCAAGUGUGGGCCUGCUGUCACAUGAGACAGGGAAAUUGGGUGACAAAUAAUGUAGAGAAGUCUGAGAUACUCAGUGCCUUCUUUGCCUCAAUCUUUACCGAUAAUACAGUCAUGACCAGGAGUCAGCUUGCUGAAACCAGAAGGGAAUCCUGAAACAAGGAAGAGGUAACCUCAGUGGUGGUGAACCAACAUAGAGAUGCAUUAAACUAAAUAUACAGAAAUCCAUGACACCUGACAGGUUGCAUGCAGAAGUGCUGAAGAAUCUAGCUAAUGCCUUUACAAGGCCUUUCAAUUAUCUUUUAAUUUGAGAAAGGUUUCUGUAGACUGGUAAGAAGCAAAUAUCGCUCCUAUCUUCAAGAAAAACUAGAGAGAAGAUAUGAGGAAUUACCAGCAAGUCACCCUUAAUGCAGUUCCUGGGAAGGUGAGAAGGAGUAUCCUCCCAGACAGCAUUUUCAAACAUGUGGAAGGCAGUAAAGCAAUUUAAAGUCAGCAUAGAUUUACAGAGGGGGAAUCAUAGUUGACCAACUUGAUUUCAUUCUACAGUGUGGUGAUUAGCUUGGUGGAUAAUGGAAAAACAGUCUGUGUUCUUUACCUUGACUUUAGUAGGCAAAUUGACAAAGUACAGAUAGAUAAGUGGACAAUGAGAUGAAUUAAAAGUGACUGAAUGAGUGGCCGCAGGGGUUUUGUUAUCAGUGUCACAAAGUUCACUAGGAGGUAAGUCACUAGUGGUGUAUGCAAAUGCUCGAUACCGUGGCCAGUAAUAUUCAGCAUCUUUGUUAAAGACCUGUAUGAUGGAAUGGAAUGCACACUCAGCAAGUUUGCAUGUCACACAGAACUGUGAGGAGUGGCUGAUAACACCACGUUGAUUGUGCUGGCCUUAAGAGGGGCUUUGGUGGUCCAAAAAAACCAUACAGAGGAAAAAAAUACAGUUCAGUGAGUAAAAAUUUUGCUCCCUGAAGUAUUACUGAGUUAUCAGUACAGUCUUGGGGCUUGCUGUCUGGAAAGCAAUUUUGCUGAGAAAGGGCUUUGAGUUUCUGGCAGACAACAAACUGACCAUGAACUAGCAAUGUCCUUGCAGCAAAACAGGCUAAUGGUAUCCUGGGUUGCACUGGGAAGCCUUGUGAGCUGAUUGAGGGAGGUAAUCCUUCCCUACUCCUCACUAGUGAGGCUGCAUCUGUCAUACUGUGUCCUGUUGUAUGCUCCCCAGUAGAAGGAAGACAGUGGCUUGAUGGAACAAGUCUAUGAGAGAUUGAGAGAACUAGAACUCUUCAGUCUGGAACGCAGAAAGCUCAGGGGGUUCUUAUAAAUGUGUACAAGCAUUUGGAAGGAGGGAAUGAGGAGACGGGAGCCAGACUCUUUUCAGUAUCACCCAGUGUUGGGACAAAAAGCAUGGGGACAACUUAAUACACUUUUUUUUUUUUUAAUACUGCAAGGGUGGUCACAGACUGUGGAGUAUCCAUCCGUGGAGAUGCUCAGAACCAAACUGGACAAAGUCCUGGGCAGCCUGGUCUAGCUGGCCAUGCUUGAGGAGAUUUGGGUGAUCACCAGAGGUUCCUUCCAACCUAAAAGAUUCUGUGUACACUGACUUAGGAACCUUUUUCAAUAGACAGUAUUAAGGACCAUCCUCUGUAAUUGAGGCUUAUCCCAAAGAUGGGUGAUGCUGAUGUGACAGCUUGAAUCCAUAGGGAAUAGGUUUUUGGGUGGAAAGAUGUAUAAAGAACACUGUAGAAGUGUACCGUAGAAUACAAAUAUGACUUAUCUUUGGAGUUAAAUAAGGUGCAUAGGGAAAAAGAAAGCCCUCUGUAAUAGUCUAGUUUUGUAAUAUUGUAAUAGGGCUGGUUCCCUGCGUUUUGGUGGAAGAAAUGCCUUGCAGAUUUGUUCUUGUUACUUGAGUUUAAAAUAUAAUAGAGUGCUUUAGCAACAGUUUCAGAGAAUGCUUUUCUUCAUAAGAAGAAAAUAUAUAGAAUUUGCUGUUAGCCUUUUGACUGUGGAAACUCAGUAGUUACCUGCUUUGUUAGGUAGCUUAAGAAAUAGCAGUAUUAACUUCAUAUAAACGCUUUUCUGUGGGAAAGUAAAUAAUAUGGAAGUUGGGAUUCAAUUUACAAUAGCUUUUUAAUGAGCACAAAAAAUUCCAUUUUUGUUACUCAAAGAAAUAGAACUUCUGGAAGAUACUGUUCAAAUAAUUUUUCAACUGCGGAUCUCUUUGUAUGUUGUCAGUUGUAGUCCUACAACUGCAGUAGAUCUACAAGGAAUGAAACAAUUGCUGGAGCAGUAUCACAAAGGGCAAACUUAGCUGCUUAAUGUUUCUGCGUAUUGUUAACACUAUAUCUUGUUUGUUGAAAAAGUUCCCAAUAUGUACUGUAUUGCAUUUCUUAUGUGGUUUUUAAGUAAAAAGUGUAAAGUUGUUUUUUCA